AUGGCCAGCCCACCGACACUCCCGAUCUCCAACAACCAAUCGACCGUUGGCGCCCAGUCACAGCCUCCGAUCGCCACGCCCGCCUUCCGCGCGUUCAUCUCACGCUUCUCCUCCUCGAUCCGCUACGGCUUCUCGCAGCGCCGGCCCUGGUACGAGCUCCUAGACCGGAGCUCCUUGGCCCGACCCGACUCCCUCUCCGACGCCUACUCUCGGAUCCGCAAGAAUUUCACCUACUUCCGCGUCAACUACGUGUCCCUGCUCGCCCUCGUACUCGCCCUCUCUCUCCUCACCCACCCCUUCUCUCUCCUCGUCCUACUCUCCCUCCUCGGUGCGUGGGCCUUCCUCUACCUAUUUAGACCCUCCGAUCAGCCCCUGGUCAUACUCGGCCGCACUUUUUCUGACGCCGAAACACUUGUCGGCCUCGUCGUGUUGACUGUGGUCGUGGUCUUCGUCUCCAGCGUCGGCUCGCUCCUCAUCUCGGCUUUGUUGAUCGGCUUCGCCAUUGUUUGUGCGCACGGUGCGUUUAGGGUUCCAGAGGAUCUAUUCCUUGACGACCAGGAGCCGGCCAACGCUGGCUUCCUCUCAUUCCUCGGCGGCGCCACCUCAACCGCCGCUGCCUCCGUCGCAGCACGUGUGUAG